UGCUUGGAUUCUGAGACCUAAUAACCAAUCUCAGCAGGAUCUGCUGUUUGAUAAUUUGAUUAAAAUGUCAGAGUUUUGGACUCUCAGACAAUUUGACUCGGUUAAGUCUGGAAGGGUUGCAGCUGGCAACAAGAAGAAACGUAAGAGUUCCAAGAAUUAUGACUGUGAAGAGGAUUCCAUUACUGAAAAGGAGUAUAAUUGUCAAGUCAUUGGCCUCUGGCUCAAAGAAUUCCAAAGUUUCAUGAAGUAUGGUAAUAAAUCAGUAAACAAUACUAACUCUUGUGAGGCAAAUACCUCUUUUAUGGCUUGGCAGAACAAUAUGCUUUUGAGGAGAGUUCCAUUAGGCUUCUUGAUUGGUUGCGCUAGUUAUGCUCAAGAAGAUGGAUUUGAGCUUUUGUUGCAUCAUACUGCAACUGGUAGGAUGCUUCAUUCAACAUCUAAGAAUGCUAGAAUGGACCAUAUAGGAAAAGAUGGGGGGCUAGCAGAUUUAGUUAUAGGAAUGAAUGAAUGUAGUAAGAAGGAAGCUGUUGCAGGUGCCUGUAUUGUUUUCGGUUUAACUGAUAUUGCUGAGAGGUUGUGUACUUCAGUAUAUGAGAAUGAGAAAAUUGGACUGGUUGUAAUUCUUCAGGUGAAAUUGUGGGCGAGCAGGUACUUGAUAAAGUGCCUCAAGAGGCUAAUUGAGCUUAAUAUUGAUGAAGAUGUGAUGUUGAUGGAUCUCCAUGAUAAAUUGAUGCGAUGGAGGCAUCAAGGGCAAGAAAUGUUUAAAAUUGACAAAAAAAUUGAUGAUGCCAUUAUAGGGUUAAGUCACAAAUUAUUACCUGAGAGUGGAGUUUUGUGAAGGCCAUAUGUUUCGUUGUAAUACGCAGGUUCCUGGAGGGUUUUCCUCUUGGAUUUUGUCAGUCAUACUAGCUUGCAGUUAAUAUCUCCAUUUGAAAGCUAAACCAUCAGUUAAUCCAUUGAGGACUUUGCCAUUGUGGUUUUGUUGCCACUUUAUUGCAUCUGCUUCAUAGCAACACAGACCAGUUUUGUCUCUAAUCUUCCAGUGUUCUUUCUUCCUUAUGGAGAAUGGUAGUUAAUCUGCGGAGCUGCUUCCCCCUUCCUUAGCACUAGUGGUAAAGUUGCUCCUUGGUGACCUGUAGGUCAGUGCACUCUAUAUGUGUCCGUCCUUUCUCUAUUCCACACUAGCCUUAUAGCAGCUUUUGCACCCUGUGUUGCUCUUUAGGAAGAAGAGGUUUUUGGUUGUGGAUUCAUUUCCCUGCAGAACUAGCUUAGCUAUUGACAUUGAUUUGAUAAUCAUACUCUCUUUAAGAUUAUAAUCAGAAAAAUAAGGCAAAAACUGAUUGACGAAGGAAACAUGAAGAUUAAAAUUGUUGGGAGCCAGAAGACUUUGCUGCAGGAAGCAACAAAUGUGAUUAGGAGGAGUCUGCAGAAUCUGUCUUAUCUCCAGUUUUACCGAGAGAACAUUUACUUUAUUCUGUGAAAAUGAGCAGAGUUAACAGGGCAAAGAACUUUAGAACUCGGCCAAGAUCUAAACGAUCCCAUUGAGCACUUAAUUUGUAAUUUUUAAGUAAUAUGAGAGACUUGGUGGGCAUAGGCUUCUUAAUGACAGACCAA